UUUCUUCCACGGUCCUACUCGAGGAGAAAGCAGAGGAGGUGAGAGGGACGAGAAAGCAGACCGACACCCCCCCUCCCUCUUCUUUCCCUCCCUCUCUCUCUCUCUCUCUCUCUCUCUCUCUCUCUCUACUCCCGUGCAUCACAACCUAGUGGGCUUUACCCAGACUGCACCGCAUUGCCGCUGCUCUGCUGCUGCCAGAGGACCCAACCCACCAAACUAACGCGCUAACACACAGAGAGAGAGAGGAUCGGUGCUUGCAGAUGCUUCUACCCGCAGCUGGAGACUGGAUGCUGUGCAGAUUUUGCGGUAUGUAUUUAUAAUAUGCAGCAUUUCCCUCUCCACCUCCUCUCCUUCUCUCUAGAUCUGGGCUCUGAUUCGCUGUCCUGCUCCCUAAUGCCAACACUUUGGAGACUGGAGUGACUCCGGGAGUGAUUUUGGAGAUCAUACUGCUGCAUAGUGCCAGAAAGACAAGGAUACAAGUUGGUGAUGAAUGGAGCUGUUUACUUGAGAGCUCCAUACAGGCUGUUUCCAACAUGGGUGUUGACUGACUGGAAUUUGCACUUGUGAGGAUUAAAUCUACGCUCAAUAAUUCCCGGACCAUGCAGAUUCUGCCGCCUUGGACGUUAUUUGUGUUACUAGCCCACGCGCAUGUUUUACUAUCCCUGAGAAAUAAUGAAGAAGUUAAAGAGGACAGCAAAGCCGGCGCACACUCUGCACGGACUUUCCAUGGGUCACCCCGGGAGAAUCACCACAAAAAAGCCUGGGACCGUGCGCUCUCGCCGGGGUACGCCACAGGUGCGUCCUCGGAGCCUCAGCGGGCGAUUAUCCGAGGGCCCCUGAACUCCACUCACCAAUGGAAGAGGGUCAUUGCUGGGGAGACAAGGCGACACAACAAACGCGACUUCAUUAGGACUGUGACCCCCGUGGAGGAUCCCCACGCUAACUCACAUUGGGACCCGACGCGCCACCACAAUAGGAGGAUAAAGUUGAAUGGUAGUACGGGGACGCCAGCAGGUGGACACUACAAUGCCGCUAAGCCCUCUUCAAUGGGCGGAGGAGGGGGGCUCGAUGAUAGCGACAGGCACAGGAGGGGCACAAAAGAUGAACACAAGAAAGGCUCCAAGAGGGGGAGAGCCCGGCUGAACAAAAGCGUGGGGGUUUUGGCUCAGUCUUGGGAACCCAUCCCCAAACCUCUGGCCCUCACUUCCACCGACUUGCCCUUUGACCUCUUCACCAGGAGGCCCGAGUUCAUCACUUUCAGGGAGGAGAACCCCUGGGACGCCACGCCAAUCACCCCUCCCAGCUCGCAGGACUUUGGGGAUGAGAUCAAGAACCCCUUCUACCCGGUGACCAGCGAGACCUACGGAGCGUACGCCAUCACCUGCGUCUCCGGGGUCAUCUUCCUGGUGGGCAUAGCGGGGAACAUUGCCAUCUUGUGCAUCGUGUGCCAGAACUACUACAUGAAGAGCAUCUCCAACUCCCUGCUGGCCAACCUGGCUGUGUGGGACUUUGUGCUCAUCUUCUUCUGCCUGCCCAUGGUGGUGUUUCAUGAACUCACCAAGUCCUGGCUGCUGGGGGAGUUCACCUGCAAAGUGGUGCCCUAUGUGGAGGUGGCCUCCCUCGGUGUGACCACCUUCACCCUGUGCGCCCUGUGCAUCGACCGUUUCCGCGCGGCCACCAACGUCCAGAUGUACUACGAGAUGAUCGAGAACUGCACCUCCACCACGGCUAAACUAGCAGUCAUCUGGAUCGGUGCUCUGCUGUUGGCCCUGCCGGAGCUCCUCAUCCGACAGCUGGUGACCGAGGACACAGGAAAUCCUGACGAGCCUCCUGUUGAACGUUGCAUCAUCAGGAUAUCCACCUCGCUCCCCGACAUGCUCUACAUUCUGGGUUUGACCUACGAGGGCGCCAGGCUUUGGUGGUGCUUCGGCUGCUACUUCUGCCUCCCAACCCUCUUCACCAUCGGCUGCUCUUUGGUGACGGCGCGUAAGAUCCGUCGGGCGGAGCAGGCCAGCGUGCGCAGCAACAAGAAGCAGAUCCGUCUGGAGAGCCAGAUGAACUGCACCGUCGUGGCGCUAGCGAUCGUGUACGGAGCGUGCGUGGUGCCGGAGAACAUCUGCAACAUAGUGUCCGCGUACAUGGCGGCCGGUGUUCCUGAACACACCAUGUCCGUCCUCCAUCUUCUGUCCCAGCUGCUGCUCUUCUGUCGGGCCGCGGUGACUCCGGCGCUGCUGCUCCUCCUGUGCCGUCCGCUAGGAAGAGCUUUCCUGGACUGCUGCUGCUGCUGCUGCUGUAACCACGCGCCCUCCUCGGCAACCGGCAGCGACGAUAACGAACACGAGUGCACCACCGAGCUGGAGCUGUCUCCGUUCAGCACCAUCCGCAGGGAGCUGAGUAACUACACCCCUGCAGGCUCCCACUGCUAAACUGACGUUCCUCAUCAGGGAUGGAGACUUCACUAGCCUGCUAUUAGCCUUCAGCUAGCGUUUCUCGGACUCGGCUAGAAGAGAUAUGCCUUAGCUAGUCUAGUCACAAUUUUAAAUGGGUGCAUGAAUAAAGUGGGACACUGAAUAAUCACAUUCACGUCCUAAAUCCUUAACUUUCAUUCCUUACAAUAAUCCUCUACAUUCACUGUAACCUGUAUGACCCUAAUUUCACAGGAAAGCGUACAAAAAGCAUCUUCUUCACUCAUGCCCUGGGGUGCUCUUCAAACAGGGUCAGUACUUAUUUUAAGCAAUCCUGCCUGAAACUGUAAUACUUACAAUUACAACAAAUACUUACAAACCUGCCUGCUGUAUGACCUUCUAUGCCUGAAUAUCAGUUCGGAUGAACCUACCUGGUUCCUUAAAAGAGGUUCAAUAAUAUCUUCUUAAAUUGAAAGGAAAAUGUCCCUCGGUCUCGUUGUAUGGGCAGGUUAAGCUAAAACUAUUUAUACUGUUACACAGGAAUAUCAUUGUACAGUAUGCAUCACAAUAUGUUCUGGUUAAUUUAAUAAAAUCACUUAAAUCACUUGGGAUGAUGAAGUGUAUUUGGCCGUCAUUUAAUAAUAAUUAUGUAUGGGAAACUAUACUGUAUUAUUAUCAAUGCCAAUCAUCUUCCUAGUGAGUCAUUGUUGGAGACUAAUUAAUCAAGAUUAACCUUGUAUAAUAACUCAAAAAUGUGGGCACACACUGCCUAUAUAGAAAUACAGGACUCAGUUUACAGGCUAUAUAAGCUGUAUAUGUACAGUUCAUGUAAUGCUGUACACAAGGGAACAAGGAUAAUUAAACUAGUGCAGGGUGUCUCUCAGUAAUGACGGUUUGCAAGAGAAGAAGAGAGUGGGUUGGACGAUCCAAAUGUACACAACAAAACUUAAACUGUAUAUUGAAAAAUAUCCAGGGGACUAAAACAUUACUGGGCUGGUCUCAGAGAUACAUAAACACGGACUUGAGUGGAAUAAAAUGGACUCAAAUUGGAGUCGAAUGGAUUGGAAAGGAGUCAAAUGAAAUUGAAUGGAGGUAAUAUAAAUACAGAGAACUGCAAGGGAUGGACUCAACACGGACUGGACUGAAAAUAAAUAUCUGCACUACACUGUUGUAUCAUGUUACGCCUUACACGUUGGGCUGUAUAUAAACUGUACACUUUCUUUGGUGCUCUUAUAUGAUAAAUGCGCUGUGAACAACAAAUCCUUCGGUUCGAGUUGAAAUCGCAAGUAAUUGAGCUGCGUGCUGGGAUUUUGGUCAAGAAGACAGAUUUUACAGUUGUGUGUGGAAUACUUGAACGAUGGUGGUGUGAAAAACAAACAAAAGAAAAUCAAUAGAGUUUCACUGAGAUGCCAUAUAGAGAUCGGCUGAAGCCCUGAGUGUUGUUAGACACAUCAAAUCAAAUGUGGUCACACUUUAUUUUACAGUAGGCUACCCAAUUAUUCUGUGGUUAAUAGGUUUUAAUAAAUUGACAAGGUACAGACUUGAAUAGAUUAUCAAGCAUCUGCAUAUUUGUAUUAAUACAUCAGUAUAGGAAUACAAUUUAUUUGUGGUUUAUGUAACACAUUAACAGUGACAUCAUUAACUUGGUCGCAACAGCAUAUUACUUAAUUACUAUCACAAAAAAGUGCCAAUACUGCAUUAGUAAAUUGUUCAUAUGACUACUUUUAAGAGGUUUAUUGGAUAUCAAUUAUGUUUGUUUUAUUUCUUAACUGUAAAGUGCAUUAUUGUACAAUCAAAACGUAGUAAUCACAUAAUGCUAACUUUGUGUCAGGGACAAGCAACUUCAACGUCAGGCUUUUAGCAAUAUGUAAUGUAUGUGACCAUCAAAUGUAUAUUUAAGAUCACUUUUACAGGGUUCUCAGUUUAAAAUGACUUUAUGAACCAACGCACGCUGCUAAUGUUAGCUUAGUUAGCUACCUACAGCUAAUGAAAUCAACAGAUCGUGUUCUUAGCACAUAGAAGAAAGAAAUCUAAUCUAAAAUGAAGGUCCCAUUGUGUCAAUUGGAAGGUUAAUUGAAAAUCUGCCUCUGUGGUCAGCAUAUGUGCCAUGCAAGAAAAGUUAGCUUAACUAGCGUAGCAACGAUGACCUAAGAGGGUGAGUUUUCAUGGAUGGUAAAUUAACAGAAAAAAAAAAGUUCUUGACUUAUAAUAACAUUGGCAGUUUCAUUACUUGGGUUUUUUAAGGAGAACCAAUUAAAUGUUUUUCACAGCGUAUACAUUUACAAGUGUAUUGUACUGUAAAUCUGUUUUCUUAAUCCUACCAAUCAGACCUGGGUCAAAACAACGUUCCACCCUCCAUCACAAUGUAUAACAACGCAGGUAAUUGAAGUUACGGUAAGUGUGUAAGAGGCAUCUCAGGAUGACCAAAAUGUACUUAAAAGCCAUUCAUGUGCUUGCUAACCGAAUAAAAGACAUGUUCCUAAUAGUGUAUAGAACCAAAAUGGCUGCUGGUGAACUCUGUGAUGACCCAGGUGUGAUAUUCAGUGGUAUUCUGUAUAUUGCGAUGAAUCUUUUACAUACGAUUCUGCACUGCCAAACACCUUCUCUCUGUCUGUUUCUCGUGCUCUUGUGGUAGUAGCACACUAUCUCUGGGUGUCUCUCUCAGCGCGGAGGUCAGCUCGCCCUCAGCUCCAUCGACACAGGAUUUAACUACGAAUCAUAAAUCACAAAUGAUAUGACAGUGCCCAGGGCGAGUCAUACUAAAAAUAUACUCUGAGAGAGAAUCUGUGGAUGACGGGUGUUUUGUGUUUUUCCUGUCAUGGCUGGAGGCAACAACCCUUUGGCUUUAAUGAAGUGCAGUUUACGAGCUCCAAGAGAUCCAGGUAGCAUGCAGUUCUUCAAGUUAAUGGAGGAAAUGGGCAGAAACACAGCAGCACGGCAACACAAUACCCUGCAGCCGGUUUGACAACUAUUUUUAUUACCAUCAUUAUCAGGCUAUUGUGGGCCCUUGUGUAAACCUGUCCAGGGAUCUCAGUUGAUAUGCUCUAGCACUAGAUUCUAUCAUUAAAUCAAAAAGUUUUUUAUGUCCAGUUCACUUUGGUAACGUCAGGAUUUCCCCAUUUAUUUGAUGCGACAAGUGUUAGCUGACCUCCUGAAACUGAUUCUCUUUUUCUGAAAGUAUAGCCCAUUCUAAAUGGCUCAGUGUGUAGUAACGUGGUUCAAUUCAAUAUUGAUGAAGUGAUUCUUGUUAAUCAGUCAGUGGGACGUUUAUUCUGAAUUUUGUGAGUAUCCUCUUCACUCUGAGCUAAUUGUGUCUGUAUUUGAUACCUGAAAAUGUAAGCACACAACCACUAUUGUCUCUAAGUCUAGUCACUGGUUUCUACAUAGCUUUUUAUAUAGCCAAAAACUGUCCCUUUGUUUAUCAGAGAACUUUAUCUUGAAAACUGUAUAUUAAAACCAUAAAUGUACUGUU